CCGCGUGGGUGUGAGAUGGAGAAUUAAAACCGAAAACGGGCUCUGCUGGAUGCAAACAAACACUGGCAGAAACCACUUCACUUUUACUUCAGUACUAAAGCAUCAUUCUGAUCCUUUUCAAUGGGAUUCGGGGUUCAGUUCAGUAGGUUGACUCUUUGGUAACUGCGUGUAAGAGCGUCUCUGUUUCACUCCUGACUCCUUUUAUCGUGUUUUUCAUUCACGAUGUCUGAUCAGCCGGUAACUUUACCCGUGUUCAGGCGACUGACGUACGCCGUGGGACAUUUCUUUAACGACCUCUGCGCGUCCAUGUGGUUCACCUAUUUACUGGUGUAUUAUCACUCGGUUCUCGGUUUCAAGGAUACGAGCGCAGGUGCUCUACUGUUAGUCGGGCAGAUUGCGGACGGGAUCUGCACUCCGCUCAUCGGAUACGAAUCAGACCGGACGGCAGGAUGUGGAAAAUAUGGGAAAAGAAAGACCUGGCAUUUAGUGGGAACAUUAAGUGUGUUUGCCUCCUUCCCCUUCAUAUUCAACCCCUGCAUUGGAUGUGAUGAGAGAACCCCACAGUCGGCGGGACUCAUUUACGCCAUCCCAUUCAUCAUCAUCUUCCAAUUUGGCUGGGCUGCUACCCAGAUUUCCCACCUGUCGCUCAUUCCUGAGCUGGUCACAUGCGAGCAUGCCAAAGUGGAACUAACGUCAUACAGGUAUGCUUUCACAGUGGUGGCAAACAUUGCAGUGUAUGCUGUGGCAUGGCUCUUGUUCCACUUCCAAUCCCAACAGACAGAAGACCCAUCUAUUUCCCAGAAUCUGAGCUGGUUUGAUGUUCCCACAUUCAGAUAUCUGGCGCUCAUAGUAUGGGCCAUCGGUACUGUUACCUCCAUCAUCUUUCAUGUGGGCACUAAGGAAGUCCAGCCUGAGGAGAGUAAAGAGACUGAACAAUCUCAGCCUCCAAUCCCCGGCUCUUUCCAGACCUCCGGACCUCUGCUCCUGUGGAAACACUGGCUCAUCGAGCCUGCCUUCUAUCAGGUUGCCAUUUUAUAUAUGUGCACUAGACUGAUUGUAAACUUGUCCCAAACGUACAUCCCAAUGUAUCUGACAAACUCCUUAUCACUGCCAAAGAACUACAUUGCAACUAUUCCCCUUGUCAUGUAUGUCAGUGGGUUGGUGUCUUCUCUGGUUAUGAAACCUGUUAGCAAACGGAUCGGCACCUCUAUGACCUAUUUUUUAGGUCUUGUGCCCAUAAUGGUGUUUUCCUUUUGGGUUUUGGUGGACACAAACAUGGGUCGACGGGUUUACGGAGCUGCCGUGCUUCUGGGAGCUGGAUCUGCUGUCAUUCUGGUCAUGUCACUGUCCAUGACCGCCAAUCUCAUCGCAGAUCAAACACAAAGUGGUGCUUUUGUGUACGGUGCAAUGAGCUUCACUGAUAAGGUGGCCAAUGGACUUGGAGUCAUGAUAAUACAGUCUUUACAUCCCUGUCACACACUGGACCCUGACUGCAAAUGGUUCUAUCACAACGUCAUGGUGAUCGUCACUGCCGGUGUGGCUGCUGUUGCAGCUCUCUGUCUCUCAACCCUUCUCAUAUGGCCGAUCGCAAUUCGCCAACGUCUAGCGGUCAUCAGAGGGCUGAUUGGUACACAUGAUGAUGAUACGAGCAGCUAUGGAAGCAAUGGAAGAUUGAACUGACAGAUUCAGUGUUAAAAACUUGAAAACACUCAACAUUCAGACCAGGCCGCACUGCAGAGGAAACGGCAUGUUCCUCAACUAACCAGGAACAAGGAAGAGAAGAAAAUGUGCUGCUCUGUGGUCACAAGUUGUUUUCUCAACACUUUGGAGAUGCAAGUUUCUGCAUUGUUUACAAUUACAAUCUCAAGAAGCUCUUUGUUUGUCGUAUUUGAAAUAUGUGCUCAGGUCUGUCACAUGGAGAGACGACUCAAACAGGACAGCUAUUAUGUGACAUUCAAGAUGAGGAAGUUAUGAAGCUCUGCUGAAAUUUUCCCAAAGAUUCCAUUAGAGAUUUUUGAAAGUUUUGCAGAUCCUUUUAUGCAAAAUGACUUGCUGUACAGUUUUAUUACAAAGCCUGUCCUUAUUAGGGGCACAAUCUCAAAGUAGCAGUUCUUGAUUUGUCCCAUCCUGGGUUUAAGCCACUAUGCUCCACUAUAAUGUGUCGUUAUUCUGUGUACAUCACGCGCAUUAGUAUUUUUAAUUAAAAUAUAUGUUUGCAGUGAAGCUUGUUUGGCCAGUUAGGCCUGUAUUGUUUUGAAAUGGUACAUGUGAUACUUGUAAAAGAUAACAUUUUUCCUAUAGCUAAAAUUAAGUCAUGCAGCAGCGUUUUCAGGAUUGGUGUCAUUACAGAAACCAUCACCGGUUCUGCAUUUACAUUCCAUAGAAGUCUUCACUGCUUAAUUCAUUAACAUGUCUAUUGUUUGAAGCAGUUGUCUUCUCUUGUCAGCCACAUUAAAGAUGCAAUAUGUAAAAUUUUCUGUCCAUUAGAGGUCGCUACAGGCCUAUUCAAAACAAAGGCGUAGCUUGAUGACGCCAAGUUUGAGCGCGGAAUCUUGGGACAUGUGGUCUUCACCUCACAGCCGGUGGAAAAUAAUCGGGAUAGGACUCGGGCAGAAAUCAUGUUCAUGGAUGCGAUUAUUAACGUUACUGUAGUAUGAAGCAGGUCAAGACCGAGUGUUGUGGGAGCUGAACGAGGCCGCUGGAGCGAUUGCGCAACACACGCCUCACGAGCAGCGGAACUUUUAUUAUGCUGCAGUCGCCGGCGCCGCUUCCAAUUUUCCGGUCAUGAGUAUGAGGUAACACAGCUCUAUUCAUCAUAUUAGAUACAUUUGAGAGUGUUGAAAAUGAUGUUAUAACGUUACUCUGUGCGUUCGCUCGGCUGCUGCUGUGAGACACUUGUUUGAGACACACUGCAGCAAGCUAGAUCGAUUUUGAAUAUCAUAUUAAAUGCUGGAUGGCUUGUGUUGAUAAAUGGCAUGAAAUUCAUUUUAAAACGUAUUGUAUGACGGAGAAAAUGCUGUAUUACUGUUACUAAAAAUAAAGCUGCAUCUGAUUAUGCUAUGUUAGCUACUUCACUAAAUAGUGUUUUUCUCUGAGGCAUGGUAAAUCAUGGUACUCGCAAAAAAUCAAGAAAAUUAGAUUUAAACAAUAAGACUAAACGUGUUGAGCUAUAUAACAAUAAUUAGUUUUCUGUCUAUAAAUAUAUCAAAACAGUUGUUCCCUUGUCUAUUAAAAUGUGUAAUAUAUUAAAGCGUCUUUGGUGUUUCCAUGGUUUCUACAAAAUAAAACCGGAAACUGAGGAUAACGCGGGUAUGACGCAAUUGACAGGCGACUCCUCACACGUCCCGGAGCCUUGGUUAAAACUGCAAUUUUCUCAAGAUGUUGGAAACAUUUGGGAUAUUUUAAGUACUCAAGUGAACAAAAUAUAUAACACUGUCCUAGUGGUUUUUGGAUAUUUUACAGCAAAAUUCUUACAUAUUGCAUAUUUAAUACUGCUUUGAUGCUUUGUGUCCACCUGUGGGGCGUUUAAUUAUAUGGCAGUUACAUUUUUAUCCACUAGAGGGAGACAUGUUAAGGAGCUUAGGGCAGUGGUUCUCAACCAGGGGUCCAGGGCACACUAGGGGGCCUCAGCAAGCUUCCAAGGGGGCCACAGAGUGAUUUAAAAGUAUUUAAAUUAACAAAUUUUAUUUAUAUAUUAAAAUAAUCUAACUCUACUUUAAAUUCACAUUUUUAUUUUCUCCCUGAAUAACUAGUUUUUAUUGAAGAACAUACAUUUAUUAAAAGUUCUGGAAUCACAAAAUGAAUCAUGGUUAAUUUUAUCAAUAGUUAAAACAUUUUAUAAAAAUGUUUUAAAACAAGCAGCUUUGUCACGAAUAAUUACAGAAAUAUUGAGAUAACGUAUCAAUAUCUUAUCUUUAAUAUUGUGUUUGACAUAUGGGAUACCUUAGAGUCAAAAAGGUUGAGAACCACUGGCUUAGUGGCAGAAGAAAAAUUACUUUUUUUGGACAUUGACAUCCAUCAUGUUUCAGUUUAUGUCCUGGCUACAUGAUUAAAAUGUUUUCGAAAUUAA